AGUUUCCAACCAUCAAGAGUUUAUUGCUAAGAUGAUGCCUCGUCUCCAGCUUAGUGUGAUCAUCUCUUGGUGGGUGUUAAGGUCAUCAGUCCGAGGCCAGCCUCCCGAUCAUGAGAAGUGGGAUCAGGCAUGCCGCGAUGCAAUGCCUGGCCAGGUCACCCACUGCAUGUACUACAAGUUUGGGGAUGGUGUCGUGUGUCACGGAAGUGAGCCACCCAUCCCCUGCGGUCCUGCGAACAGAUCUGUCAUACCCACAUCUUCGAUCCCUGUUGUUGACGACUGUGCCCCUCUGAGCCCAGCCAGAGGACGGACUAUUCGACAGACGCUAGCAGACGAUACUAUGAAGGACUUCAUAUGGGGACGAGCCGAGGACGUGACCCGAUGCCUCAAUAAUCUCACCAUCACCAACUUCGAUGCCCUCUUCACUCUCCACAACCUCAAGUACGGCCUGGCUGAGACCUACGCCUUCACUGACAUCGCUAAUGGCUUGGACGACUCUGUGGAGGUCAACACCUGCAACUUCAAGCUGCAUUCUCUUGACGUUGACAUCGACAGUUUCAUUGAUGACAGGAUAAGUGAGUAUGCCGCUGCGCUGGACCCAAUGACUUCGGAGGAAAAGGAGAGGUUCUUCAGUGAGAGCAUCCCAGCGGCCCCUUUUCACUUCGCUCUACAGCGUCAGUUAAGCCGCUUGAACGACGCUCAUACUCGCUAUGAUACGCCAUACAGGGACUUCUACUUUGUCCUUCCAAUUCGCUUCGAUUCGUAUAUGCGUGACGGAGCCCAGGUCGUAACUCUCGGCUUCCCGAAUCUCAACGAGAUGUAUUACCCUGCCGUCUAUGGUAAACCUGUAACUGCCCAUAAGGAAGGCGAUGUCAUUGUUGAAGUUGACGGCAAGCCUGUCCUUCAAUGGAUGCAGGAUGCGGUAUCCGAGAGUGGACCUUACUUGGGGAUCUACCAGGGUCUUCUCCAGAGGCUCAAUAGCCAUUUCUUUGUUAAAUCUGUCGUCGACAGGAAUUUGCUACAAUUCCAGCCACCAACAGGACCACUCAGUGUCACAUUCGAUGACGGAUCCACUGAGGAGAUAAACUGGCUCGGGCGGUUGAGCGACUAUACCAAGUCCGUGGGAAAUGAUGCCAUCACCGCGCGCUUCUACAAUGCUCUAACUAAUAGAAAUUCACUAUUCGGAAAAACGGUGGCGUUCGAGACCGAGUUCUACCAGAAGGAUGCCAACACUCUAUGGAACUUUGCUGUUGGGUCGUCGAAUCAAGACUACGGUUAUGCUGGAUUGGACGACAUUGUGGCUCGAGCGGAUACUAGUCGUAAUCUUGGAGAUGAUGGUGAUGCUGCUUCCUCCUCGUCAAAGACUUCGCAUGGGGGAGCGAGAUGGAUCUCUGGAACUGGCUACCAAUAUUCAUUGCUGGACGACACUGUGGUGGUGAGCGUACCGGACUUCGUUCCCGGUGGUGGCAUUUUUUCACUGCCGGUCGUUCUGUACGAAAACUUUUCCGAAGUUCAAGACUUUGCUCGAGAGAACAAUGUGACUCGAAUACUAUUUGAUGUGUCUACCAAUGGUGGUGGCUUUGUCCUUUCAACCUUCGCAUUGCAAUGGUAUAUUGUUCCAAAUGCCGACGAGAUUUGCUUUCCUACUGUUCGCCAUAUGACCGAUGAUUGGAUCUCCUGGGUGUCAUCUUUCGGACUCAACUAUAAUCAAACUAUCGACGACUUCUUCAACGAGAACGCUCAACUGGUUGGAGAUCCAGGCUUCAUCCACGAAAGGUUCCAACAGCUCUACAUCCUGCUCAAUUAUGUCGACCAGGCGCUCUCGGCUUCGGCUACCUUGCGGGAUUCUUUUAUCGAGCGAAUUGAAGUCCCGCGUCUGAAGGAGAUCGAAAAAUCGAUAUUAUCAGAGAAGCGUGUCGCUCGACGAGUGAGCCUCUUCAAAGCCUUCUUGAAAGAGAGACGCUUUUUGAAUUCAUCAACGAGCGUUGGUUCGGAAUUGGCUCCACAAUAUGGUUGGUAUCUCUUCGAUAACAAGGAGCUGAUAAACCCUAAAACUCGCGCGCCUUUCGACCCUCCUUUAAGUCACUUCGCAAAUUAUCGGGUUCUUCCAUGGGGCGAGCCUUCAAACUACUCCGCUACAAGUGCUUUUGGUUCCUGCUAUGACGUAUUGGAGAAUGCUCUACCCGAAAUCGUCAAGGAGUCGAGUUAUGACCCGGAUUAUUGGACGGAGGUCGCUUUUGUGACGGAUGGUAAUUGUGGCUCUGCUUGCUCGUUAUUUACGCAGACUCUACAGCUCACAGGAGCUGCAACAGCUUUCACUUUCGGUGCCCUGGCUGAUCAGGCGAUGGAUGUUGCCUCUUUUGGUGGUGGAAACGUUCUGGAAUAUGAUGACAUAUCCCCUCUGUUGAAUAUUGCCAGUCAUCUCGGGUACUGGGCUACGUUUGGUGAUUCUGACUGGUCGAAGAGGCAUACCAGAACUUGGGUUAACAAGCCGAUGCCCUUCCCGAACAGUGCAAGGGUCCGGUACACGUGGAACAUCGGCUCGGCUGCCCAACUCGGAUCAGAGUCUUUACCUCGCCAGUUCUACAUUAUACCCCCGCAUAAGCAUUUGAAUAUGUGGGCUCGGAAUCUCGAUGAGAGAGCGGCUGUUCACAAGGAAAUUGUCAGCAUCAAAAACUGGACUCAUGUGAGGAUGAAUCCGCAGUUCGCUGACUUAGGUGAUUGCCCAGCCUAUCAUAAUGCUUGA